AUGAAACGCGUCGACACCGCGAAAGACGUGGGCGCGAAGACGUUCACCGCCCGCGAGCUCCUCGCUACCGCGACGAGCGGGAAGGAUGACCGCCUCCUCAUCGCGAUCGACGGGCGCGUGCACGACGUCACCGGUUGGACGAAACAUCACCCCGGUGGCGCGACGCUUUUGAAACAGCACGCGGGCCACGACGCCUCGGACGUCUUCGCCGCGUUCCACGCGCCGGAGGUGUACCGGAAGCUCAGAGCGUUCGACGUCGGCGCCGAUCUGAAAAAACAAAACCGCGCGCGCGAGCUCGCGGCGUUCCGCGACCUCCGCGAGCGCGUCCGCAAGGAGGGCCUGUUCGAGCCGUCGUACGCGCACAUGUUCGGGACGUUCCUCAGGCUGUUCGUCAUCGGCGCGUUCGCCGCGGUGUUCUCGUUCGCGCCGAACUCGACGCCGCGCGGUCGGAUCCUCGGCGCCGCGCUCCUCGGGCUCUUCUGGCAGCAGAGCCUCCUCAUCGCGCACGACGCGUGCCAUCGCGUGAUGACGACGAACACCAAGGUAGACAAGUGGAUCGGGAGCGUCUUCGGGACGCUCAUCGGCGGCGUCGGCGCCGCGUGGUGGAACAUGGAGCACUGCGAGCACCACUGCGUGACGCAAGUCGUCGGCGGCGACCCGUCCGCGGGCGCCGCGCCCGUGUUGUGCUUGGAACUGCAGACGAAAGGCCUGCCUAAGAUUGGCCGCGCGCUCGUGAAGCUUCAGGCGCUGUACUACGUCCCCGUGUGCAUCUUCAUCGGGAGGUUCAACCUGCACUUGAUCUCGAUCUUGAAAGCGCCGAGCAAAGGAAAGGCGCUCGACGUCGCGUUGAUGACCGGAUACAUGUCCUACGUGUACGGCUUGACGCGGCUCGUCCCGGAGAGCGAGCGGUGGAGAUGGUUCAUGAUCGCGAACGCGGUGUGCGGGGUGUUACACUUGAUUCUGAACAUGAACCACUACCCGAUGCCGAUGCUCUCGUUUCCAGAGUCACAGGCGUUGGGGUGGCUGCGGUUUCAGUGCGUCACGACGAUGAACAUCGCGUCGUCGUCGCUCACGGGGUGGUACUAUGGCGGCUUGGAGUGGCAGAUCGAGCACCACCUGUUCCCGACGAUGCCGAGGCAUAACCUCAGGAAAGUGUCGCACCGCGUCAAGGAACUGUGCUUGGCGAACGGAGUGCCGUACCACGUCGCGGAAGGGGGGUUCUGGGACGCGAACUGGAGCGUGAUGAAGACGCUCCACGACGUCGCGCGGGGGCUGGUCAUUUGA